AGAAUCUUCAUUCAGCUUCCAAAUCCUCCAUAGCUAGCCAUUUAAAGCGGCAUCACUCUUUCUGAGAAAGAGAGGUUGCACUGAAGUCGAUGACCCGUUAACGCUUUCUUUCAAGUUUUCAACCGUAUCUCGUUGAGAUCGAGACCGCUCUUUCCUUUUCUUUGUCACUGUUGUUAUCUCCUCACCAAACAGCAUCCUCUCUGUGCGAGUCAGAGUACGGUUUCAGUCAAAGCUUUGUGAGAAUGUUAGAGAAGAUGGAAGAAUUUAACCAGGAGAAGGUGAUAGAGGAAUUUGAAGCAACAACGAAGGAUGCUGAGAGGGUUCAGACAGAGACCCUCAAGAAGAUUCUGGAAGAAAAUGGAUCAGCGGAGUACUUGCAGAAUCUUGGUCUCAAUGGAAGAACCGAUCCUGAGAGCUUCAAGAAUUGUGUUCCCCUUGUCACUCAUAAGGAAUUGGAACAAUACAUUCAGAGAAUUGCAGAUGGCGACUCUUCUCCCAUUCUCACUGGGAAACCAAUCACAACCAUCUCAUUAAGUUCUGGCACUACUCAGGGAAGGCCAAAGUUCGUACCCUUCAAUGACGAAUUGAUGGAAUCCACCAUGCAGAUAUAUCGGACUUCUUUUGCUUUUAGAAACAAAGAAUUUCCUCUUGGGAAUGGAAAGUCUUUACAGUUUAUUUACAGCAGCAAGCAGUUCAAAACAAAAGGGGGUCUAGCAGCUGGAACUGCUACUACCAAUCUCUUCCGUAAUCCACAAUUCAAAACGACAAUGAAGGCAAUUCAGUUCCAACCCUGCAGCCCUGAUGAAGUAAUUUUUGGUCCUGAUUUCCACCAGUCCUUAUACUGCCAUCUCUUAUGUGGGCUGAUUUUUCGGGAUGAAGUUGAAUUUGUAUUCUCCACUUUUGCCCAUAGCAUCAUUCAUGCAUUCAGAACCUUUGAACAUGUUUGGGAAGAACUUUGCACUGAUAUUAGGGAUGGGGUCCUCAGCAGUCGAGUUACUGUCCCAUCCGUCCGAGCAGCUAUGUCAAAACUGCUCAAACCAAACCCUGAAUUGGCCGAGUUGAUUUAUGAAAAGUGUUCGGGUUUGAGUAAUUGGUAUCGAUUAGUGCCGGAACUUUUUCCUAAUGCAAAAUAUAUUUAUGGGAUUAUGACCGGAUCAAUGGAGCCUUAUUUGAAAAAAUUGAGGCACUAUGCAGGGGAGCUGCCUCUCUUAGGUGCUGAUUAUGGGUCCUCUGAAGGAUGGCUUGGAGCAAAUGUUAAUCCAAAAUUGCCACCUGAGUUGGCCACUUUUUCCGUUCUUCCUAAUAUUGGAUUUUUUGAAUUCAUCCCAUUGAGGGAGAAUAUUGAGGAUCAGGAGCCCAAUUUCCUCUCUGUGGAGCCAAGGCCAGUGGGUUUAACUGAAGUCAAGAUUGGUGAAGAAUAUGAGAUCAUUCUCACCACUUUCGCAGGUCUGUACCGGUAUAGGUUAGGAGAUGUAGUAAAGGUGAUGGGCUUCCAUAACUCCACCCCGGAACUUAAAUUUGUCUGCCGGAGGAACCUUCUGCUUACCGUCAACAUUGACAAGACGACUGAGAAGGAUCUACAGAUUGCUGUGGAAGAAGCAGGCAAGGAAUUGGGUGAAGACAAACUAGAAGUUGUUGAUUUCACUAGCCAUGUUGACUCAUCCACAGAUCCUGCUCACUAUGUUGUGUUUUGGGAAAUAAGUGGUGAGGCAAGCGAGGAGGUUCUUCAGGAAUGCUGCAACUGCUUGGAUAGGUCUUUUCUGGAUGCAGGCUAUGUUAGCUCACGCAAGGUGAGCACCAUAGGGGCGCUCGAGCUCCGAGUCGUUCGGAGAGGAACUUUCCAGAAGCUUCUAGAUCAUUGUCUAGCAUCAGGAGGUGCUGUUAGCCAGUUUAAAACGCCACGAUGCAUAGGGCAGGCCAACAAAUUGGUGCUGCAAAUCUUGUGUGACAACGUUGUUAAGAGCUACUUCAGUGCUGCUUUCUAGUGAAAAAUCAUAUAUAUAUAUAUAUAUAUAUAUAUGUUGGAAUUGCAAUUUCAUCUUUUCCUAUAUAUGUUAAAUUCAAGAUACUCACCUUGGUGGCAAUGCUAUUUUUUUUAUAUACACAUCACACGUAUAAUUAUAUAGUGCAAAAAGUUAGUUAGGUAUAGGCUAUAUAUAACUGGUCGGGGCGGGAUCCACAACAACUAUUGGCUCAAAUUAUUGUCUAAAUAAAUUUUGAGUUGUUUGGUCGCCUAUUCGAACAUAUGAAUUUCAUACGAAAUCUCUCACGUUAGAAGAUAA